AUGUCUAACACAGAUGAACAGAACAGAACCAGAACAUCGAUUAUGGAGUGGAAGCAUAUGCACCCACUUCACCAAAUUGCAGAGACACCCACCCACAAGCUUCUCCUGAAGCAAUGGCUGAAGGAAGAGGAACUCAUCCAUGGCCGCAUAGUCCUGAAGGAGACACAAAUAGAGUCUGUUCGCAAAGAGAUAACAAUGCUUUACAUCUUCUUCUUCCUGUUCCACUCAACCACACUCAUGCUUCUCUUCAACUCUUCUUCAACAACAGCAACAACACCCCAAUGCCACAGGUCGUGGAUCCCAUCACUGUGCUCUCUUGUGUUCUCCCUUGGAAUCAUAUGGGCCGUUAGGUACAAGAGCGAUGUGGAGGUUCACAUGGAGAAGAUGCUGCUGAGGGAGAAAGAGGAUAAGGGGAUGUUGGGGAAGUGUGUGGAGGAACUGAAGAAGAAAGGGUUAGAGUUUGAUUUGUUGAAGGAGGUUGAUGCUUUGAGAAGGGCUAAGAGUUUGAGGGUUGAGGCCAAAGAGGUUAGGAAAUGGUCUUCCAGGGACUUUGUGUCUUUGUUCUUCUUCUCAAUGUCUUGUUUGUCUCUUGCUGUCACAAGGGUCAUCUUGUGCAGUUAA